AUGGCCGUCACAUGGGCGACGUCCACGGCGCAGCAGCAGCAGCAGCAACCGCCGGCCGUGCCAAGCGUGAGCGUGCCGAGCUGCCCGCCGGUGCAGGCCUCGCUGUCGCCGUGCGUGAGCUACUUCAUCGGCAACUCCUCGUCGCCAUCCGACACGUGCUGCGUCCAGAUGCGGGCCAUGUUCCAGUCGCAGGCGCCCUGCCUCUGCGCCGCCGUGUCCGCCGUGCCGUCCCAGCUCGGGUCCGUGGUCGGCGGCCUGCUCCCCACCGCCUGCAACCUGCCCCCCAACGCCUGCUCCGGUACGUGCAUGCUGCCAGCGAGAUGCUCCUACAUGUAG